AUGAUCGCCAACGUCUUCUCCCCUCGGCAGAUACUCAUUUCGCUGCUUGUCGUCGUCUUUGGCGCCUGCUCCGUCGCGGCCAGCGACGCCAACGUCCUCCGCGACUCCCUCGGAGCUGGAGACAACGUCCAAGAGGCGCAGCUCCUCCUCGACGGCGACAACUUCGGCAGCCCUGGCGCUCGCCGCGUGCUCCUUGCAGGAACGAAAGGAGGACAUUCCAAAGGAGGACAUUCCAAAGGAGGAUAUUCCAAAGGAGGUCAUUCCAAGGGAGGACAUUCCAAAGGAGGUCACAAGAGCAAAGGAGGUCACAAGAGCAAAGGAGGUCACAAGAGCAAAGGAGGUCACUCCAAGAAGAAAGGUUACGGAAGGUAA